AUGUUAUUGUCGAAUCUUCGAUGGUUAUUUUUAUUCUUUAUACUUGGACAAUUUAAUAGACAAUAUGUAGAAGCGACUUGGCCCUUAUUAAACUCUUCUACCAUACAACUUUUAGGCCUUUUUCAAGAUGCAGCGAAUGCAUCUGAAUCUCUCGAAUUCUCUAUUCAUGCUGAGGCUAUGUUUAAAGCAGCAGUCAUACUUUCUCAACAAUAUAAUAUAACAAUUGAAGGAAAAUUCAUAGAAUGGUAUGUUGCACAAACUAAUGGCACAGCUGUAGAUGCUAUAAGUAGGACAUGUCAAGCAAUAUCUACUUAUAACAUUAUUGGUAUUGAGGGCCCAGUAUUGUCAGGAGAAACUCCUAUUAUUGCUGGACUAGGAGAAAGAAUUGGUAUUCCUGUUAUAUCCUAUGCUGCAACAGAUCCUGAUUUAUCUGAUCGACAUGCUUAUCCUGCUUUUUAUCGUACAGUUCCUUCAGAUAAUAUAGCUUCAAUAGCAAUUGUUAAAUUAUUUAUUCGAUUUAAUUGGACUUCAUGCAUAAUUAUACAUCAAAAUGAUGCAUAUGGAUCUGGUGGUGCAAAAGCACUCACUGAAGCAUUUAUUAAUAAUAAUUUAGUGGUUGCAGAUAUGUUAGUAUUUGAUGUAGCAACACGUCGUAUGCGAGAUAAUUUGAAAAAUAUUUUAACUAGUAGUUCAACACGACUUGUUGUAUUAUGGGCUGGAUCAACUUAUACAUCUUUAAUUUUACGAAAUGCACUUGAAUCUGAUGUACUUGGUCCACACUUUACAUGGAUAUUAAGUUCAACUAUUUCAUUAAAUUCUUUUAAUGAAACAUUUCAUCAAAAAUUAAUUGGAAUGCUUUCUGUUGAACCUAUAAUAGCAAAUGUUGUUCGUGCACCAAUUAAUACAACAUUAUUAAAUGCAGCCUAUAAUAUUUGGAAACAGUAUGAACCUGAAACAUUUCCUGAUUCAACAAAAGUAGAUUAUUAUGCAUUAUUUGAAUUUGAUGCAACUUGGUUAUUGAUUCAAGCAUUACAAAGAUUAUGUUCAAAAGUUACUAAUAAUUCUUUUUCAUGUUUAUCAUUUAUCAAUUCUUCAUCUUGUUUUGAUCGUUAUUUUCAAAAUUCUAAUUCAUUUUUUGAUACAAUUAAUCAUAUGAGAUUUCUUGGUGUUUCUGGUCCUAUACAAUUUAAUAUUAAUACAACAGAUCGAAUAAAUGGUAGUUAUUAUUUUGUACAAAAUAUUCAGUCUUCUUCAAAUAGAUUAAAUUUUAUACCAGUAUUGAAAUAUUCUGAGCAGGAUCAUUGGCAAGAAUAUUCAGAAGUAAAUAAAAUUAUUUGGCCAGGUAAUUCAUCGAUACUUCCUACUGGUAGAGCAAAACUUGACGGUGUUAAAUUACAUAUUGGUGUGAUUGAAUCAGUUCCAUUUACGAUGAUUAGUACUAUAAGAAAUGAAUUUGGACAGAAUACUACAAAGUUAAUUGGUUAUGUACCUGAUCUUAUUGAGCUUUUACAAAAUAAGAUGAAAUUCAUUCCAAAUAUUGGAUUAAUAUCAUCGAAUCAAACUUAUGCCUCAUUAGUGCAGUUAAUAGAAGAUCAUGUUUAUGAUAUAAUAAUAGGUGAUGUGACAAUUACUACUACAAGAAGAGGAAAGAUUGAUUUUUCAAAUUCUAUAUUUAAUAAUUCUUUACAUAUUAUUAUGCGAAAAACUUCCGAUAUUAAUUUUGAUCUCUUUGCAUUCAUGAAACCGUUAUCAUUUAAGCUUUGGUUAUUAAUCUUGGGUGUUAUUAUUUUUGCUAGUAUUUUAUUCUGUUUAUUCGAAAGAGAGAAUAUUGAUCCUUACAAAGAAAAAUCAAUAAUUUAUUUAUGUGCAAUGAGUAUUUGGUAUGUUUUUGGUAAUCUUGUAGGAUAUGGUGUUGAUUCUUUUCAUACUGAAACACCCGGUGGACGUUUGUUAACUGCUGGUUUAUAUAUCUUAUGUUUGGUAUUAGUUGCAUCAUAUACUGCAAACUUAGCAUCUGAGCUAACAAUAUCAAAAACAAAGAAUGUUAUUUCUGGAAUCAAUGAUAUUAAAAAUGGAAAAAUACUAUCCAAUCGUAUUGGUAUUCUUGUAGGUACAGCUAGUGAAGACUAUUAUUUAAGAGAAAUCUCUGGAGGUAAUCGAAAUUAUUAUCCAUUAAAGUCUCGACAAGAAAUGUAUAAUAGUUUAUUAAAUAAUAUAAUUGAUGUCUCUUUUCAUGAUGCGGGUGUUGCAGAAUAUGUAACUAAUAAUAUAUAUUGUGAUUUAACAUUGAUUGGUGAAGGUUUUGAUCAAGGUGCAUUUGGUAUUCUUAUACCUAAACAAUGGUUAUAUGACCAAGACUUAGAUGUUAAUAUAUUAUCACUAAAAGAAUUAGGUAAUCUUGAUACUUUGAGAAGAAAAUGGUUUCAAGUAAAGAAAUGUUCUGAUUCAUCGGAGACACCUAGGGCAAUUGAAAUUGAAUCAUUGAGUGGAUUAUUCAUAGUGUUCGGAGUGAUUUGUGUUCUAUCAUUAUUAUUAUUUGCAUGGAAGAAACGACAUCACUUAUGCAGAAAUGCUAAACAACCUCAAGAUGAUAUGCUACUGUUGUCAAUACACACGCAAUAA